UCUAUUUAUUUGUUUAUUUGAUUACAUAAAAUAAUAUGGAUGAACUCUAGCCACCUUUAAUUUUUGGUUUGAUGAGAAACAUAAAAGGCCUUUUCAAAAUAGCAAACAAUUUCUGAAACAGAGUGUUUAGUCAAGCUCAGGUUCUUCUAAUAUACUUUUUUUGUUUCCUAAUGAGAGGUUUAUGAUUAGAAAAUUAAAAACUUAAUUAAUCAUUAAGUUAUUCUUACCUUUGCAUAUGAAUUAUUGUGAAAACUAAUCAUUAGUAGAGUCGAAAAAAGGUUACUGUAAGAACCAAUAAUUGACAUAUGCAACAGUUACUUGGUAAGUUAUUGUGUUCCUAUUCUAGGUGUUCUUUAAAGAAGAAUAUUACCAAAAGUCUUAUUUAUUUCCUUAAAUCUUUAUCUAGUUUGAUGGAUUUCCUUAUUGGAGUCUCUCUUCUUCUUUUUUUACGCGUUAGACGGAGGGGAUUGAUGGUCAAGGGCAUGGAGUAUAGACCAUGAUUCAUUUCCUCAACCAUCAUUUGUGUUUAUUGUGUUUCAGUAAUCGCACUAUUUUGUUGUUAUUGUUCCUUUUCUGAAUGCUCUGUACUGUUUUCCUUAUUAGUUGCUAUGUUUUCUUCACUAUCGUUUUUUCCUUUUCAUAACUACUUUGAUUUGCUGCACUUGAGUUGAGGGUCCUUCAGAAACAUUCUCUCUACCUCCACGAGGUAAGGGUAAGGUCUGGAUAUACUCUACCCUCCCAGACCCCACGUGUGGGAUUUCACCGGUCGAUGAACAUGAGUUCUACAUCAACUCAAUUUGCCCCCACAAGAAGGAUGGGCAUAUUCGAACCGUUCCACCAUAUGAGUAUGUGGGAAGACGUGUUUAGAGGUGAUAUUAUGCCCAGCGCUGGUGCGUGUAUGGUCACACCGACAAAUGACAGGGCAGAUGACAAGUCGGGAUAUACUUCUAGCGACCAACUUAUACCCUCUGGCUCUGAGGAUAAUCAAGCAGGAAAGAGUAUUUCAGACAAGGUACAACGGCGUCUAGCACAGAAUCGUGAAGCUGCACGUAAAAGCCGUAUGAGGAAAAAGGCUUAUGUUCAGCAGCUUGAAAAAAGCAAUUUAAAGCUAGCACAACUUGAAAUGGAACUUGAGAGAGCUCGACAGCAGGGACUGUACAUUUUAGGUUCAAAUGGUAAUAUGGGGCUAAGUUCAACAAUUAAUCCAGGAAUAGCUGCAUUUGAAAUGGAGUAUAGCCUCUGGGUUGAAGAGCAACAAAAAAAGAACGUAGAGUUGAGGAACAUUUUGCAAUCCCAUGUAAGCGAAAUGGAGCUCCAGUUGCUGGUAGAAACCGUCUUAAACCACUACUACAAUCUCUUCCGAAUGAAAGCUGAUGCUGCAAAAGCUGAUGUGUUUUACUUGAUGUCUGGGAUGUGGAGAACUUCGGUGGAGCGAUUUUUCCUCUGGAUUGGAGGAUUCAAGCCAUCUGAACUCAUAAAUAUCGUGAUGCCACAGCUUGAGCCAUUGUCAGAUCAGCAGAUCGUGAAAAUCUGUAAUCUACGACACUGUUGUCAGCAAGCUGAGGAUGCUCUCACUCAGGGAAUGGAUAAACUUCAGCAGACUCUGGCACAGAACAUCCUAACUAUGACCACUGGAAUGGGAAGUUACAGUUCUCAGAUGGUUUCCAGUAUGGAGAAGUUAGAAGCACUUGAGAGUUUCGUUAACCAGGCAGAUCACCUUAGACAGCAAACUCUACAACAAAUGUCACUUGUCUUGACUACACGCCAAUCAGCCAGGGGGCUGCUCGCUUUUGGGGAGUAUCUUCAACGUCUUCGUGCUUUAAGUUCUCUUUGGGCUGCUCGUCCUCGUGAACCUACCUAGCCUCUUAUGAACAAACAGAUGAAGAUGACUUAGUUUCCUCGGCUGUAGCUGUUAACUACGCCUGAACGAGCUGUAUAAGGAAAAUGUAAUCAAAGUCUUGUCUGGACUGAUAUAGUUUUCAGGUGGUGCACUGGCAAGUUUCAAGAAUUUAAUGUGCAUAGGGAAGGGGGAUGUGUAUAAUUCUAGAAUAAGGUGAUAAGAACUUGAUGAGAGUAGAGAAACUUAACUAUGAAACUCAGAGAAUUCUGAAAAAUGUGAUUUUUACAUAUGGUGAAAACUGAAAAAUGUAUUAUGGAGAGAGUUUUCUCCCACUUAUUUUAGUUUGAAAAGAGUAGGUUUGACCACAUCUCAGUGCUCAUAAAGGCACUAGGAGAUGCUGGUCAAUACUCUCUCCUAUUUGAAUCUUAUUUUACAAGUAAUAAAACAUCCUGAUAUCUUUAUCAUUA